AUGAUCGCAGGUCUCGAUGGUAUCGGUGCGGAUAUCGCUGGUAACGAGUUGAUUGGCGCUGGCGCCAUCUCACCUCUACCAUUCAGUGCACCCUCAUCGCCUGACCUUACACCUACGUCACCAGCCUACGCGCCCACGUCGCCAAACCAGCAGCACAAUCCCAUCGUCAUCGACUCUGAUUCCGACGACAACGCAGGCUACGCCGUCCAGUUCCAGAACUUCGAGAACUUCAGACGCCAUGUCGCUGAUGUGCGGAGUCGAGCAAGAGAGACGCGCAGGCCGAGGAGUAUCAGAACGAGACGGGCCGCUACUGCUGCUGCUGCUGCUGAGAGGGAGCGUGUCAGUGAGACCACCGCUGUGAACGGUGGGACUGGUACCGCCAGGUCUCGCGCGCUGAACCGUCUUCUGGGUAACGGAAGGCACCCGUUUCAGCCUUCUGAGUACACCGCUAGCGCUGGCGCUGGCGCGUCUCCUGUUCCCAUGACCGAGAUGUUGGAACAGCGCAGCGAGCCGCAGGAGCGACGUCUAGGAAGCGAGCUACGACGCGCAAGCAGGUUCGAUCAACCCGCCUCGCGAACUGCUAACCACGCGAGCGCCCGCCGAGUUCGAGCCCCAACACCAUACAGACAGACUCCGAGCCCAAACAACUCAGACACGCCGAUAGACCUUACCGCAGAUGAGCCUACCGAACUCCCCGCUAUUCAGUCAGGUUCUGCGCGCGAAGCUGUUCGCAGCAGGCAGCUCGAUCGCCGCGAAGCUUCCUUGUCGCGUCGCGAGCAGGUGCUUCUUGAGCGGCAAUUAGCGCUGAUUAGGCGGGAGGAAGCGGUUUCGACGCAGGAGGACAAAGCAAACGAGAUGAUGAACAUGUUGAGGAGGCAUAGAGAGGAGCUGGAGGAGAUGGUUAGGAGGCACAGGGACCCGUAUUGGGAGUGA